AUGACAGGAGACCUCAUGGCACCUGAACGAUACACUCAGUGGGGUGCAUACUGUCAGUCAAAGCUGGCCAACGUGCUCUUCGCAAAAGAGUUGGACCGAAAGUUCAAGAAGGCGGGCAUCAAUGCCACUGCUGUUUCCUGCCAUCCCGGCGGCGUGGACACGGACCUUCAGAGAUGGACGGUGACUGCAGAUGGUGACCCGCAGAAGGCCACACAACUCCGCAAGGACACUCCUGCCGCUGAUGCAUUUAUCAGCUUCGUGACUCGAUCCGUCCAGCUGGGUGCGAACACGCAGAUCUUCUUGGCUGCUGGCGCAGACGGCGGGUACAGCAAAUCGGGCGGUGAGUACUUCGACAACAUGGCACCAGACGACCCGUCGCCGGACUUGCAGAGAGAGACUCCGGGUCCGGAGCAAGAAGCUCCAAGCUCCCAAGCUCCACCAGCGCCCGGCAAGAGGGUUCCGGCUCCGCCACCGAGCCUCCGGACUCAGAAGGCCAGGGCAAAAAAAGCGAAGGAUGAGCAUCGACCUGCCUGGGACGAGAGGCAUCACCUCAACUUCAACGACGACAAUGCCGAGAAGCCGAAAAGGCUGCGGAGCUACUUCAGUCGGCCACAGUCCUUGCCAGAGCUUCGCGCAGAAGUGGAAAAAAGACCACAUGCGAAGUCAAUCCUCAAAAAGCUGGAGGCAGAGGAGGUGCCUGCACAGGUUCCAACCUUUGUAUCUGCAGAUGCGGGGCCAGCCGUUUGUCCGACUCGUCAUGUAGCAGGAGGUGACAUGCUUGACCGCGAUGGGACACGAUGCCCCUGGAAUAACCGAUGGCAAGCCGGAGUCCACAUCUUGAACGAGCAGAUGCAUCCAUUGCACCGGUCCUCCUUCGCCACGAAGAGCUUGUUCGAAACCGCACCUUCUCAGAGGUGGCGACGACACCUUGAUGUGCAGAACGAGUGCGGAUCUUGGCGUUCCAUGGUCACUUCAAAGGGAUUGCUGAAUCCUGCGGCCACGGAUGAGGCAUUGGCCGAGGAGUUGUGGGCCAAGUCCGAAAAGCUGACUGGUGUGAAGUACAGCCUGUAA